AUGGAUGGCACUGCUAAUGAUGAUGAGCAGGCCAAUGAUGAAGUCGCUCAGUGGGGCAUCAGUGCACAUUUCAAACAACUACUGGCCAAUGAUGAACUCUAUCGAACUGUGCCACUCAUCACCUCAAUCGCAGAGUCUGAUGCCAACAUCGGUCGUCUAGUGAGGGUGCGCUGCAUGGUACAAGACAUAUUCGAUCCACAAUACUAUCUUGGUCUAUAUCGUCUAAAGAAUAGAUCAACAAACCAACUGAGGUAUGACACUGGUGCAUUUAAGAAUGGCAACAUCAGUAUGGAGCCUGGUGAGGAAUUUGAUCAAUCAUUCAAUGAUGUCACUUUUGAGAGGAACAUGUACUAUUGCGUACCUGUACCAUGUACGAACAAGUGGACGAACAAGCUCACCUUGAGCACUCCAAAGUCAACAAGCGUAUCAACUCCACCCAACAAGAAUAAGAGACCAUUGGAGGACUAUGACAAUGAUGAUGAAGUGGACAUGGAGACACAGAAGAAGGUAGAGGAUUCUGCUGUACCCUCAAAACAUAUCAAGGUGGCCCAACAACAACAAGAGGAGGAGUGCAUGUACGAGAAGGACACGGACCUUAAGAAGAUACAGAACUUCCCACUGCCGAUGGACCCAAACAUUGUCAAUCAAUCACCAUUCGUAGUCAUGGUCUAUGACGUCAAUUCGCAGAACUAUCUCAAGAUGAACGAGAUUGUGGAGUUUGUUGGUGUCGUCUCCAAGUUUAGCGUGCCAGAGACACACACCACGCCAUCAGAGCUGGACAAGCUCAUGCCAAUGAUGGACAUUGUCGACGACCAGACCGCAACGAUUCCAGAGUCCAUCGCCCCCAGACUCCACGCCAUAUCCUACAGGGUAUUGGAUCAAUACAUGUAUCCAACUCAAACUCAGCUACCAUUCUCCAACGCACAACAACAACAACGACCACCUCAACCACCUCAGCAAGAGCUCCAACAAACAAGGAGAGAGUUGGUACAGUACAUCCAACAACACCUACUUGGUGAUCAAUUGGCUGCAGAGUAUCUUCUCUGCCAUCUACUCUCAAAAGUAUACUUAAAGACUGCAGGACUUAUCUUGGGCAACUUCCCAUUGAACUUGUUGUUGCCAGAGAACUUGGACAAUUCACUUCCAGAGGAGAUCAAUAAGUUGGUGGCAAGCUUGGUCGUCAGAUCUCACAUGUUGGCCGUCACUGUUGACAACUUGAAUGAUGGUGAUCUCAUACCCUACAAGGACUAUGACAAGAAUCGUAUAGUGUCUGGUCUACUCCAACUGCCAAAGAACACACAUCUCAUUGUCAAUGAGACCUGUCUGGCUGAGGGACAGCUCUACAAACAAGGUGUUCGCAACCUGAGUGCCCUCAAAGACAUUGUCCUCAACCAAAAGGUUGAGUACGACUUCAAGUACCAUCCGAUCGAGGUGGACACUGACAUCCAGAUGUUGAUCCUGUCACAUGGUAAAUCAUUGACUCCAGGAUUAUGCCAGGUGGUCAUGGUACCGGAUCAAGAAUCAAUGAAUGAUGGACUUAAAGUUGAUGAGAUGAUGUUGGACAAGUUCAGAACAUAUUUGAACAGUUUGAUGAAUUGGAAGCUAGAGGCGUCCAGUGAGACUGUAACCAAAAUGAUUGAAGAGGACUUUGUUUCGACGAGACAAAAGGAUGAGAGCACACCACAAGAGAUCUUCCACUAUUGGCUCACUACUGCCAGAUUGUUGGCUAUAUCAUUCGGUGAGAAUCAGAUCACAACAGAGAGGUGGCUGUUUAUGAAGGAGUUGGAGAGAAAGAGAACAAAUAAAUAA